UUUUGUUUUCUUUUUUUUUUCUACCGAAGCGCGUUAUUUCACGCAAUUUCGAAAUAUCUCGCCGCAAUUUCCACUGCGUAUCUUCUAUUUCUUGUGUUUAUCGACAUCUGUUGUAAUUUUUAUUAAAAAAAAAAAAAUAAAAAAGACACUUUCCAGACGAACGUCUAUACUGUAGCGAUGUGAUCUCAUACGGCAAACACUUUUAACAUGACAAAUUGCGCACGCGCUUGCACACGUGUGCGCGUCAAUAAAGUUUUUUUCACAAUUGUUGCUUUAAUUUAUUUAUACUACUACUGAUAUGUACGCGUAUAGCAAUUAUCAACUUCGUCUCGCGGUCUUAUCGUCGUAUACACCCGCGCUAUGUCACGCCGCCGGUUGAAAAUUCCCUAUGUGUGUUCCGCGCGCGUUCUUAUCAGACAGAAACCCCCCAACUGUGCCUUUAGUCGCCUACCAACCCUCAGCCAGUCGAUAUCGGGCGCAGAGCGCUUGCGAGCAGUAGCCGCUACGCUACACCGCGCGUCUGUGUGUGAUAUUUCGCCGAGUUCUUUUCGUCCGGGGGUGCGUCGCGAUUUUUCUGCCUCUUUUCUUGUGUGUUGCCUCUCCUCCUCGUUCUUCGAUUUCCGCGGGAGGAUCGUCCGCUCGAAAAAACCCGCUGCCUGGAACGAAAAAAAAUCGUCGCACACUUCCCCCGUGUGCACAAGUGUACGUCGUUCGUCGUGUACGUUCGUCUCAUCACCCGCGCGCGGGGUAAUCGAUCAGAAUCUCCUCUAUAAUUCAUCCCACACGUGGUAAUUCGACAAGCGCGCACGGGUACGAGCGUUUUAACGUUCGGACGGAGCGACCGAAAUAAAAGAUCCAAGUCACACCGACUGGACCGACCGCCCAAAAACGUGCAGUGCCGGAGAAAGUGUCUCGAAGGGGAUGAGGAUGUAAACUGUCGCGAAAGUUCGCGAGCCGAUUAAUUUGCGCGAGAGAUUAUAAGCGCGCGCGUGUUGGAAACUUUUUUUUUUCCGGAGGAGGUAAAACGCGAGUUUCUCUCCGCCGUGAGUACGCACAUGUCGCGGUGAUCGAGCCCAUUGUUCUCUCUGUCUCCCUCGUUGAUGAUCGAACGGAGAUGAUCGAACGCGAUCGCGGAACGAUCAUCUUCGGAGCUCGCGGCGAUCGUGUGUUGUACGGACAGAUAUCGUGCCGGAAGUGAGAAGUGACGCGGGAGACAAAAUCCUCCCCGACGAGAUUUUACGAAGGUAAGCGCGCUUGAAAGAUAGGCGGCGUGGUCCUGCUUGAAAUGGACUCGGUGGCGGUGACGGUGCCGCUUCGUCAGCCGACGAAGAAGAUGAAGAAGCGUAAGGAGCUGGACGCCCUCGCGCCGGCGCACGCCAUUUCCCGUCGGAGUUCCGGCAAACGCAGUUCGCAGGAAUUGCUGACGGACAGCAGCGACGACCGCUCGGAAUACUGGAACGUCUCCACCAGAAGCGGUCGCAAGUGCAGGGGCAGGAGGGGUCGCGUUUGUCCCGGAUUGCUGAAGGCUUGCAACGCGUUUCUGGCAUGUGCCUCCGUGUUGGCGACCGCCAGUUUGAUAUGGCUGUUUAUCGACGUUCGCCAACAGCUUACCGCUCUACGAACCGAAUUAGACCAAGUGAUAGCAGGAAGCGAGGGUGUUCCGGACGCUCUGCAGAAGUGCCACUCGUUGUCGAGGGAUCUGCAGAACAACCAGACAAUUAUCUUCUCCCGACUGUCCGAUCUCAAACAACAAAUAAAUAAUUUCACGGUACAGCUGGCGCAUAUUCAGCAGGAUUUGCAUAAGGUGCAGGAGUACUUCCAGGCCAAGCCCGAGAUGGCCAAUUUGCCGAAACGUUUGGACGAGCUGUCGACCAGCGUCGGAACGUUCGGUAGUCAGAUAAGCGAUUUGGGAGCGACGGUUAAAACGUUGAAGGAUACGAACAUGAGAGUGCAAGAUGCACAAACUACCAUGCAACAGAACAUCAACAAUAUCAAGCAAACUGUGUUAGAAUUGUCGAACAUCACUCAAAAGCCGCAGAUCGUGAGCACCGAUGAGACAAAACUUAAGACUGAUAAGCUAAACUCCACGAUAUUGCAUUUAAUGAAUAAUUUAACGCACGUGAAUGAAACUUUAUCGAGUAAAUUGCAAUGGGUAUCCGAAGAUCAAACCAAAGAUCGCAAAAAGUUGGUUUCUCUUCAAGAAGCAACAGCGGCUAUCAACACGACAGUGAUGUCCUUGCAAGGAGAGUGCGUUAAAAUGUCCGAACAAGCUUCCAUUCUGGCAUCGGUUCAACAACUGAAAGAAAAAGUGAACGAAAUACGCACGACGGACGUAGAGUUAAUCGGCAAGUUGAAACAAUUGGAGCAAUCUUACAGCGGACUGAAGAAUUCUACUAGUAUUAUGUUCGCGACCGUGUCCGAGAUGCAGAAUCAGCAACAAGUCAACAAGAUCAAAUUGUUGGACUCGUUCAGCAACGAUAUAACAACGGAGACGGAUCGCGGUGCAACAGAUGUAGUUGACAUUGCUCAGAAGAACAACGCAGGCAACAAAAAAUUGAAGAUGUGGCGGAAACGUUCCAGCGUGUACGAAGAGUGAACGGGAUGAGAACUUUCGUCACACACGCGCGUGUGGAAGUCACUUUGUUGUUCAAUCUGACGCGAAAAUUGUGUAUUUGUGUAAAUACUAAUAAAUUUAAAACACGCUAUAUACAUGCGAUUCUAUGUACAUACACGGGAAGAGGAGACUCUAUAAUUAUGAUUGCGCGCGUCUCUCUGUCAGAUUAAAAUUCGUCGGUAGAAUUCGCGUUCAACAUGUGUGUGCGAUCGCACGUUGAAAGAGAGGAGACUGCGAAGCGUGUCACGGCCUGAAAGAAGCUAAUUUACUUGCCCCCGAGCAAUAACUUUAGAUCGCAUUAUCAUCGUUUAGGCUGAAAACACUCCUGUAUUCGACUUAGGUCUCGAAGAGGACAACUAGUCAAUUUUUCUCCGAACAGUGAACUUUAUAACCCGAACGGUUGCAAUUCGAAAAACCAAGAAAAGAGACGGGUCGCUACGCAUUUUUUUUUUCUCUCUCUCUCCGGCGAAGUUUUAUUCGGUGUUUGCCAAAUAUACAGAUAUAAAAACAGGAUACUUUUUUCGGAUGUCUCACGUUUCCGACCACUUCUCUCGGAUCGGUUUCCGCCGGCGUAUAGAGUUCACUGAAUUCCUAACGACACUAAAAAAAAAAAAAA